AUGGUAAAGCACUUUGGCUGGACCUGGGUGCCUAUAUCUGUGUGCAGUGAGUCCUGUCCUCCUGGCACAAGAAGGGCUGUACAGAAAGGAAAGCCCAUCUGCUGUUUUGACUGCAUACAGUGUGCUGAUGGACAGAUCAGUAACAUGACAGAUUACUGGCCAAAUCUACACAGAGACAAAUGUGUACAAAAGGAAAUUGAAUAUCUAUCAUAUGAAGAAACUAUGGGAAUUUUGCUAUCAGCUGUUUCUAUUAUUGGUGCAUUUAUAACAAUGGUAAUAACUAUUAUUUUCUUUAGAUAUAAACAUACCCCAAUAGUCAAAGCCAACAACUCUGAACUAAGCUUCCUGCUGCUCUUCUCUCUGACUCUGUGCUUCCUCUGUUCACUUACUUUCAUUGGUCAGCCCUCUGAGUGGUCCUGUAUGCUGCGUCACACAGCGUUUGGGAUCACCUUUGUCCUUGGCAUCUCCUGUGUUCUGGGGAAAACAGUAGUGGUGUUAAUGGCCUUCAGGGCUACACUUCCAGGGAAUAAUGUCAUGAAAUGGUUUGGACCUUCACAACAAAGGCUUAGUGUUAUUGUCCUAACUGUUAUACAAGUCCUUAUUUGUGUGCUUUGGCUAACGAUAUCCCCCCCUUCCCCCUUUAAAAAUUUAACCCUAUACAAGGAAAAGAUAAUUUUGGAAUGUCAUUUGGGAGCAAACAUUGGUUUCUGGGCUGUGCUGGGUUACAUUGGAAUUUUAGCAUUUUUAUGUUUUGUUUUGGCUUUCCUGGCAAGAAAAUUGCCUGAUAACUUUAACGAAGCUAAAUUCAUCACAUUUAGCAUGCUUAUAUUCUGUGCAGUUUGGAUCACUUUUAUUCCAGCUUAUGUUAGUUCUCCUGGAAAGUUAACUGUAGCUGUAGAAAUAUUUGCCAUUUUAGCAUCAAGCUUUGGUUUGCUAUCUUGCAUAUUUUUUCCUAAGUGUUACAUAAUCAUAUUGAAGCCAGAGAGGAACACAAAAAAGCUAAUUAUGGUAAAAGUCCCUGGUAAGUGA